AUUAGCGACUUUUUAAGUGGAGAUGUAAGUGCAGACCCCUUUUUUCUCUCCCCCCUGGGAUAAGGCUGGUGACGCAAAUCCUCCUGGAGACUGAGUGUAACCCCCAGCCAUACUGGACUCACUAUAGCCUCCUGGAAAAGCAUAAAGACACAAAACGACUUCGACAUGUCGGCAGUAAGGUUGCUUCUGUCUUGCUUGCUUUUUAAAGAGACCCUUGCGCUAUCAGGGAACUUCUGGCAUAUCACGGAUCUCCACUGGGACCCAACGUACAAACUGAGCAAUAAUCCUGAAUUGGUGUGCGCAUCCAGCGGCAAACGACCUGCAGCCAGUGCUGGUAAAUUUGGAGAAUAUGUUUGUGACUCGCCAUGGCACCUUAUCAACUCCUCUGUGUAUGCAAUGAAGAGUAUUCUACCAGACCCGGACUUCAUCGUAUGGACUGGUGAUGACACACCACAUGUUCCCAAUGAGGAUCUGGGAGAAGAGGCAGUGCUCGACAUUAUCAGCAACCUCACUCACAUCAUAGAUAAAGUGUUUCCAAACACGAAAGUGUACUCAGCUCUGGGCAACCAUGAUUACCACCCAAAGAGUCAGCUUCCCGCAACCCCAAACUCUAUGUAUGACCGAAUAGCAGAAAUGUGGCAGAACUGGUUGGAUCCAAAGUCAAAAGAAACAUUUAAAAAAGGUGGAUACUACACAGAAAAGCUCGUGAAUAGGACUGGUUUCCGGAUACUGGUCCUUAACACUAAUCUCUAUUAUGACCAGAACAAGUUGACACAGAACAUGGAAGACCCAGCGGACCAAUAUAGAUGGUCAGAUGAGGUUCUUACAGAGGCGGCCAACAACAAAGAGAAGGUUUACAUCAUUGGCCAUGUUCCUCCAGGUUUCUUUGAGAAGAAAAGAAGCAAGCAAUGGUUUACACCAAAAUUCAACAGGCAAUACUUGGAUUUAGUGGAGAAGCAUCACUCUGUCAUAAAAGGGCAGUUCUUUGGCCAUCAUCAUACAGAUAGCUUCCGCAUGUUUUACAACCCAGAGGGUUUUCCUAUUAGUACCAUGUUCCUCAGCCCCGGUGUCACACCUUGGAAAACAACCCUUCCUGGAGUUGUGGAUGGAGCCAACAACCCUGGGAUUCGUGUCUUUGAAUAUGAUACAGAAACACUGCUUGUCAAAGAUGUGGUGACCUACUACCUGAACCUUACUCGCGCUAAUGCAGCCACAGGACGCUGGGAGAAAGAGUAUCGCCUCACAGAGACGUUCAGAGUACAGGAUGCCUCUCCAGCCUCUAUGCACCAGCUUCUGGAGCUCAUAGCUAAUAAUCACUGCUACCUGCAGAAGUACUAUGAUUUCAACUCAGUCAGCUAUGAUCUGAGGGAUUGUGACAGCGACUGCCGUGUUGACCAUGUGUGCGCGGCACGAGAAGUAGACUUUGACAGGUAUGAACGCUGCCUGGUUAAAGAAGGGGCAGUUUUCAUUUAUGGUGGCCUGCUUCCACUCCUCUCUGUGGCUCUAAGUCUGGUGGUGGCCAGCGAGUAAUGAUAUUCACUAUCAGUGAUAAUGCAGAAAAAAUCCUUUCUAGACAUCUUUAAAUAUAUAAAAUAUUUUUGUUUUAGAAUUCAGUAUGAGUUUUUUUUCCCUUAAAACAAUAUAUAUGCCUCCUCCCACAGAAUCUAUAAAUAUUAAAAAAAAGAAUUUUUUAAUUAUUAUCUAAUUCAGUGAUGUGCAUCAUCCAUCACUGAAAGACCCAUUGCCAACUUUCCCUUCCUACUUUGCAACUGGCUACAACAGUUAUGUAAUGUUACAAAUUCCACCUUAUCUUUCUGGUGUCAAAAUACGAUCAAAUUUAUUAUUAAAAAUUAUAAUCGAAGAGAUAAAUCAAGUAGCAGCAAGUAUUUGUUUUAAAUGUCCAGCCAUCCAUCCAUCAUCUAUCUUUGCUCAUUCAAUAUUUAACACUAAUGCAUUUUCAUACUUUCAGCUAUAUUAUAUCUAUAAAUGAAACAAGUCAUUACACCAAUAUAAUUAUAAUUAAACUGUGGAAAAUGCAACCUUUGGCUUCAGUAAUCUUUGUUGUGCCUCUUGACCUUGAUUUAUGGGUAAUGGCUGAAAACUUAAUUUCAAAACUAAACAGUAUUCUUGUGCCUCAAAAGGCUAACUACCAUAAACUAACUUUAGACUUAAGUUAAAUGUUUUUUUCUUUCUGUAAACUCUACUGUAGUUUUUCAUAAAUCCAGAAAUCAAAUGUAUAAAUUGCAUGGUUAUUAACUGAAAGAAUAGCCAAAGCUAUUUUCUAUAUUUUCUAUAAAUAUCAACAUUACUUUUAUCUAUGCAACUUUAAAGCAAAUCAAUCAGUUCUAAAAAAAUAUUAACAGAUGAAGUUGUAUUAUCUGUGUACUGUACUGUGAUAACUCCUGGUGUCUCAUAUCUCUAUAUAAUGACUUAAUGAGCCUUUGAUCACCGCCAGUAAACACUCAACAGUGUCACUGCAGAACAUGAGGGACACUGGACUUUGAGCCUUAUGUGAAGACACUUUUAUUGAGUAUGUAGAUUUGGUUGUCACAUCAGCAAGAAUGUGACAGUUAUACAGUUUCACCAAAAUAUACAUGCAGUGGUCUUAAGUGUCUAGUGGUUAGUUGAUAAGAUGAG